UCUACGUUAUCUACAUACGUAUUAAAAACGUCCCGUACAUUUGAUGGAAAUUUAAAAUGAAUUUAUAUUUUUUGUGACAUUAUAUAUUCAAAUAGAAUAACUAAUUCGAUUUUUUAAAAAAGACUGUUAUUAAUUUUUUUUUUCAAUUGUUAAUUAAAGUCUAACUUACAAUUGGUUGUUUAAUAUCAAUUCUAACCUAUAAUUACAUCAUAAAUAGUGGAAAAAAACAAAAUGCUAAGUAGCAGAAGUGAUACUUCCGAGCGUAGAUUUGAAAUAGAAUGUAAAUUAGAGGCAGAAAUUGCAGUACUUGAUGCUUUACGAGAUGCUGAAGAAAAAAGUAGGAAAUUAACAUCAGGAGUUGUUGCUAUUUUAACAUCUCUAGAGCAGAGAUUAGCUACCCUUAGGAGGACGAUUCUCCCAGUUUAUAAUGAAACUGGAAAUCUUCAGACUCAGCAGCAUAAUAUAGAGAAAACUUUAACAGCACUAGACCAUGCAAUUGGCUAUUACGGAGUUUGUCAAGAAGUAGAAGGAGCAAUUCGAAAUGGGCCAACUGGUCCAGGGGGUCUUAAUGGCUUCUUUGACGCUAUGAAUAGACUCUAUAAUGCCGAAAGAUAUUUUCAGAAAAAUAAUCCAAGUUCUGUUGAAUUAGAAAACAUUUCUUUACUAUUUGGAGUUGGACUAGAUUCACUUUGUACUGAAUUCCAUGAUAUUCUUGCUAGACAAAGUAAACCAAUUUUACCUAUAGUUUUACUGGAUUUAAUUGGAUCUGAUGAAGAUACAAGUGGCGAAGAUGCACCACAAUCAUUAAAUCAAUUAUCAGAAAGCACUUUAGGUGAUCUCGUUAAAAUUGCUAUUUGGUUAGAUGAAAGAGGACAUCGUAGGCAUGCAAAAAUUUAUUCAUCAGUACGUUCUGCAAUUGUUUUGAGAUCACUUCAGCUAUUGAAAGAACAUCAACGAAGUGCUAGUGGUGGUAGCACACAUGCUAAUAGUCCUAUGCCGAGAACUAAAUUCGCACAUAGACAUUCGAUGACUGGAGGAGAAACAGUUAGUCGUCGUACAUCACGUCGUCUUCAACAUGCUAUUGAAAAAAAAGCUAGCAAAAUGUUAAUGCGUGCUUCACAAACUACCGGAAUAGGUCUUGCAUUUCCUUCUUCAAGGAAGCCUACUCCGUCACCAUUAAAUUUUGCACCUGAAGACGCAGCCCCCGAUGAACAAGAAAUGGAAAAUUAUCUUUUGCUGACUGCUGGUCUUCAUAAACUUAUGCAAGCUGAAAAAAUUCUAAUAGCAAAAAUUAUUCCAACUUCAUUACAACCCCAAGUUUUAGAAGCAACUGUUCGUGAUGCAAUGGAUCUUGUAGCUCAUGAUGGAGAAAGUAUUGCAACUCGAGCUAAAAGAUGCAUUGCUAAGCGUGAUUUUUCAGCUGUAUUGGUAGUUUUUCCGAUUCUCAAACACCUAGGAGAUUUGAAACCAGAUCUUGAACGAACAGUAGAGGGUUGUGAUUAUGCAUUGAGAUCAAAGUUUACGUCUGUGUUGAAUACCCUUAAUGCUACAGGUGCAAAAGCCUUGGAAGAUUUUGCUGAAAGCGUACGAAAUGAUUCAGGAGCAGCUUUACCUAGAGACGGAACAGUGGCCGAGUCUACGAGUAAUGUCCUCGUUUUUUUAGAACAAUUGUCAGAGAAUGCAGAAACUGCAGGAAUUGUUUUAAAGAAAAAUAAUGAAAUUGAUAAUAUUUCUACAUCAAGUGCUCGACAAAUAGAAAAUACACAUCGUGUAUUAGUUGGAAUUUACAUAAAGAAGGUAUUAGCACAAUUAAACCUCGCAUUAGUCAGCAAAAGUGAUGCUUCUUAUUCAGAUCCAGCAUUACGGGCACUUUUCCGUCUUAACAAUCAUAACUAUGUAGUGGAUAAAUUGCGAAACAGUUCACUGAUGGAGCUUUUACUGUUAGCAGAAUCCACAGCAGCACAAACAUAUCAAGACUUUCUUGUUAAAGACAAAUGUAAUUACGUUGCUGCUACUUUUACUAAAGCUCGAGUGUAUCUGGAUCAUUCACCAGAUGAACCUGAAUUAGCAGCAAAGUCUUUGAAAGAUCGUUUUUCUGGAUUUUCUCGAGAACUUGAUGAAGCUGCAAAAAAUCAACGAGCAUAUUCAGUGCCUGAUGCUCGUUUACGUGAAGCUCUUCGUCGAGAAUUACAACAGUCUAUAGUUCCACAAUAUACUGCGUUCUAUUUGAAGUAUCGUAACGUUUCUUUCUCAAAAAAUCCAGGGAAAUAUAUUAAAUACACACCGGAACAAGUUUCUGCGUUAAUAAAAACUUUUUUCGAUACAGCCGCAUAAAUUGAUAAGAGUACGUGUUUUAUCAAAACAGGGAAAAUACGUCUGAUAGUACCAUGUUAAGGAGUUGAUAACAAUACCAUAAAUGUUAAUUGUAAACAUAAUAGUAAUAAUCAAUAAUAAUUGUAGUUACAUGAUUAAUAACAAGAACAAUUAAAUAUUAUUUGUUUUAGUAAACACUCAUUUAAUAAAGCAAAUUUUGUUACAUCUAGUUUUAUUCAGGCCAAGAUUUUUCAUGUCUAUGAAGAUCUACUAUAGGCUUUUUGGAUUUGAUUUUUUGUCAUACCCACAAUAUAAAUUGUAUAGGUUUGUUCUAUUGCAAUUAAAUUGAUUAAACACCAUUAGGUUAUAUAUUCAGGAACUUAGCUCGGCCUGAUAUUUUUGAAACUUUAUUUUUUUGUAUUUUAUUUAAAUUUUACAUUCAAUUAUAUUAUUUUCAUAUUUACUUAUUUUAUAUAUAUAUGUAUUUAUAUAAAACAAGUAACGUAUUUCCGUCAAUUUUGUAUCAGUUGGUAGCUUACAUGAUGUAUAAUAAUGACGAUAAUAAUAGGAAUAAGUUUAAAUUUUA